UGUGUGUGUGCAGGUCUCGUGGCAAAAAAACUUCGUCAGUGGGGUUUAAUGUUGCAAUUGCAUCUCCCUUUGCAUACAAACUGACUUCAAAAGCAAGGUCUCCCAGCAGUUGGAAGACUUCCAGCUCAGUUGCACUACAGACACACUGACCAAUUAUGCAAGAAUGUCUUCUCAUCAUGUGUGGAAAACUGCAGAGGUGUUAAGGAUGAGUCGCUGAGGAGUUUUGUGUCAGAGAAGAUCAGAGAGAACAGAUCAGAAUCUUUCGCUUUUGGUUACUGAUGAGACAGUGUAAGAAGUUCUCAAAAAGGCAUCAGAGUUGACUAAGUUAAAGGAGUGUGUUUUAUUACUAAAACUGGCUUUUGCAGCAUAAUUCCUAGAGCAGAGUAGUUUAUGGUUACAAGCUGUAACUUAACAUUAUUUUUUUAAGUACAAAUGUUUACUUGCUACUGGGUACCUAUGGAACUAAUAGGUGGAACAAAGAUUUUUUUCCAAGUCUCCUCAAAUCUAUUUGACUAUUUUAUAUUUAAGUUAUAUUUUCGUACAGUUGUAUUUAAAGAUUCUCUUUGUCAGAGAAAAGGGUGCAGUUCCCUUUUUUUUGUGCAGAACAGGUCAAAAUAUUUGUAGUGAAAAUCUUAUUUAUCCUUAUGUCCUGGUUUAAGACAAAGGGAUUGCAAAGGGAAGAGCUCUCUGUCACUGCUGAAGUCACCAAAUAUCACUAAAAAUGCAGUCCUGUGUGUACUUUCGACCACAGAAUUCGAAAAUACCUUUUUUAAUAGGAGGUGGUGUUUGCAUAUUUGACAAACGUGCACUUUAAUGUGUGACAAAAAUCCGUUGUGAUGGUUGAUUGUGAAAUGAGUAUCUGUGGAUGACUCAUUAUUUCUGUUCCUGCAAGUCUCUUGUGCAUACCUCUCAACUGACCCGAAAGAGAUGGAACACUUCUGAUGCUUUUCCUUUCGUAGGGCCUAUGGUACAGGACCAUCAUCUGACUGAAGCAGUUGUGCUGCAAUAUUGCAAAAAAUAAUUCUGUCCCUUGUUUUUUGUUGGAAAAAUAAUCUUCUGUUUAAUAUGCUUAACAGCAACGACAAAACAAUUUCUCCUGUUUCAUUUCUGUAAAGUCUCAUUAUCCUUUAGUGGUUAGAAAAAAACAAAGAACCCAAGGGGUACAGUGCAGUUGUUUCUACAGAAUUUCUGUGAUUUUUCAGUGUCUCUCUUCUAAUAAUUGACAACACACCUAGCAGACAUGUUUUCAGUGACAUCCUUUUGCUUUGCAUAUUCCCUCGAUGAUUGUUUCUGACAGCUUUCCUUGCUUAGCUAAACCUUGUGCAGGACAAGGCGAUGUGUCGAAGAGGUGGCAACAGACCCUAAGUGCAAAUCUGUUGUAGGAUCUGGACACCAGGAAAGUCCCAAGCCUUAAACCAAACAGUUUCAUUGGAAAACUGCUCAGAACUUUUUAAGAUUUUUUACAUUUUUUAAUAGAUUUACUAGGUCUUAAUGUGAUUUAUUAUCCAGACCACUUAAAUGGGCCUUAGUAAAUACUGAGCUGUGCGCUCCCGUGCUUACUGUCACUACUCCAGCAUUCCUUUUCCCUGCGUGGCUGCCGAGGUGAACACGAUGCUCUCUGACCUCAGCAUGUCCAGCCGGCUCCAAGGGACAUUUUACCAAACCUGAGGUUUUAGUUGAGCCACUGACCUUCAUUACUGUGCACUGAAAUGUCAGAACUGCAAUAAGUUACAGCACUAGUGUUUCUUUUAGACUAAAUCUACAAACUAAGGACAUCGGGAGCUUAAUUGAGUUCUUUUUGACAUCGGUGGGGAGGGGGUGGGUAGGGAUAGGGAAAUGUCCCUCAUCAGUGUUACCUCUGCUUUAGCUUUCUGGGGUUUUUUUAUUGAUUGUGUGACUUGCAUCUUCUCUUGACGGUUCACCACUGGCUGGGCGCAGGUUUCCAGAAGCACAGUACUUCCAGGAUUCAUUUUCAGCAACAGAACAGUCUUAUCCAGCUCGCUUUUCCAAAGGGAUUAAGAGCUAGGACUGGCUCUUGUCGCAAAUGUCAGCAUUUAUUUCUUUUAGCAUAGGAUUUGUUCCGUUCCAGGUAGUGAAAUAAAGCAGCUGCACGUGUGCUGUGUCCCACUGCACAGCCCUCGCUGUCCUCGCCCGCUGAGAUCCCUGAGCAGCGCACACGGAUUGAACCGUCCGAGCUUGCAUUUUAUCUUCCGGUCCCUUCCCUCCAGUCCCUUCAAUUAUCAAGAUGUUUCUAGUCUCAUGUUUAGUCUGUGAAUUGUCAGUAUAAGAUUAUGGCCUUAAUCAUGUGAAAAUAUUUGUUUUGAGCAGACCUCAAGCUUACUGACCAGGUACAAACCAGUGGAAAGCGCAAUGGAGCAGUUUCUUGAAGGCAGUUGUAGCAAAGGUUCUGAAAGCCUAAUUUUUCAUGUCUUAAGUGCUUAAAUGUCACUUGAUGUGAGAUAUCUGGUAUGCCUAGCAAGAUGAUAUAGUAAAGUACUAGGAGCAAAAGAGACAGAAAUAUUUUGAACACCACAUUAGUAACAGGAGGAGCAACCUUCGAAGGGGAAAAGCCGUCCCUGACUCUUUCUACUCAGACAAAAAUGUUAUUCACAACUUUAGCUAAAUAACAAAAUCUGAGGUCUUCUCCUGUUCAUUCUUUGCUGUCAUGGGAAAGAGAUGGAAAACGUAAAAUUGGUGGUUUUCCUCUUUGUAAGGUAAAUAUUGGAAUUCUUGCCGUAGGUACAAGUAGGACAGUUGCUCUUGUCUGACGGGCUUGCAAGUGUGAGAAGGGAACAUGUGCCUAGUGCUUCACUGUGUCUUACUGCUCGUUGAGAUGGGCUGGCAGGACAGUCUGAAAUAGACUUUUCAUGAAGAGUUGAUCCAGUAAUGAUAUUGGAACAUCUCAACAUUUGCAUUAUCCUAAAGUCGGCACUCAGACUUCUGCUUGUAAAUGUACUCAGGACAACUCGGAGCAAAGGUUUAAUUCAGGCUGUGCUUAGGAAACGUGAUUCUGUUUAGUGAAAAUAAGCUAUGUAGUCUAUGCCAAAGUAAGAGAAAGGGAUUAUAACUGAGAGAAGAGACACAGGUAUUGGUGGAGAUGGAAUUUACUACAAAUGGUCAACCUAAAUGUAUUAACUGUUUCUAGUAUCUGACCUGUGACAUCUGCAUAAACUUAAAACCCUGGUGUUGUCUAAUACGUGGUUUUCAAGUUCUGGCUUUAAUACGUUCAGGUCCCCUUGUCUUACUUUAAGUAGGUGAAUGCUGUCUGUUAAUGUUGCUAACUAAAAUGUACUCUAGCUUUUCUUCAGGGAAAACUCAGUUUCUGAGUUGCAAAUUAGAGCAAUGCAAAGUGAUCCCCUCGGGCAGGCGAUUCCUGCCGUGCCUGGGGAGGGAGGCCUGGGCUCUCCCGCUCUGCUCAGAGCUGAGCAUCACAAGGAAUCUCUGCCACUGUGCUUGACUAACCCGUGUUUGCAACUUUGCUGUGCUUUUUACGGGACAAACCAGUAGUGAAAGCGAAUGAAUUCAGCCUCAUCCAGUCAGAGUUCCAUCUACAGCAUAGGCGUGCAAACUUUUUUUAGGGGAAGUUUCCAGUUCAAUUACUGAAAAUGAGUACUAUGGUUUUACAAAGUAAAACUGCAGUAUCUUUAAAAAAGGGACUCUUUUGUAGGUGUUUUUGUCUUGCGUGGGUAUCCGUCUCAAACUGAAUGUGGGGUUGGUUUGUAGGUAAAUUCAGAGUAUAGCCAAUGUGAGCAAAACCAACAGCUGUAUUCUGCUGCCCUCUGUUUGGACCAUAUUGUUUAAUCAGUGGUGUUACCUUAAACUUUUAAGGGUAUCUGAUGUAAUUACAUUGUAUAAUGGUUUACAAUAAAGUUUGACUAUUAAAGAUUUGUACACUUGUUUUAUACUUGCUGUGUUUCACAGUCCCCGUGUUUCAGUGUUUAUAGUGUGCUCCUGUGGGAAGCAGGGUUUGCUCCUUGAGUUUAAAUUCAGAUCUAAUUUUGUGCACUGUUAUGUUGAUUUUAAUUUCAGUAUAUCCAUUUACCUUAAUGGCAAGUCCCAUUUGAGCUGGAAGAACCGCUAUUAAGUUGCAAAUUUUGUUUAGAAUCCUUGCAGGCUCCUCUUGGAUCUGUUUCCUGAGGAAGGUUUGUUCAGGGCUGGAGCUGCACAGUAUCAGUCCAAUCCUGCCUCUGGAACUCCUGGAUAACAUCUGCCCAUUACUUUCAUUACUUUCCAGGCAUCCUCGAUUCAGUUCAUCCUUAGAGGGAAUUCAGAGUAUAACCUUCACUCUGCCAAGCCUGUCAGCCCCCUGGGGGGUGUUAGCUCUUCUCUGGAGGAGGAAUCUUGUGUGAGAUCUGGAGACCACAGUGGCACCUGUGUAUAUUCACCAAACUCUCUCUUGUCAUUGCCAUAUUUUAUCUGCAACCACUUCUCAGCAAAGGAGUUUUCCACAGUUCCUGUUGCAGUGGAAGGUUAAAGAGGGUCAACUUUUUAAUAUCCUCUCUUGAAUAAAUGAGCCUAUCUUGUAUCAUUGUCAUUCAUGUCCCAUUUGACAGAUCUGAGGACCUCAACCAUGGGAACAGUAUUUCUACUCUGAAAUGUAAGUCACUGUACGUUUAGGUUGGGUUUUUUGUAGAAAAAAAUAACCUGUGAUCUGUGCAAGGAAGUGAUUGUGGCUGUUGUUGAGUGUUGGUUUAGGAAAUGUGUAAUCAAAGAGAACAGAACUGUCCAGGCUGUGGGGAUGUCCUAGAAACUUCAGAUAUGCCCUCUACCUCUGUAAGCUCCUAAAUGGCAGGCAAAGUUGAAGUGAUUUAAUUCUGUUUGUAUAAUGAUUUUGUUUGCAUAGAUUAAAUUGCCAUGAAAGCACAACUCUGUUGCUAUUCGGGUGAGGAAUACGUGGUACCAAUUAACUGAAGCAAUUUUGAAAGCUGAAGGGAAAAAUAGUUCAGUGGCUUGAAUUCUAAAUAUUUGGUUUAUAACGUGCAGAAUGUUAUUUUCCUGUCAUAACAGAUAGCAUUGUAAUAGUGGGGCUGUGGAGAAAUAGCAGAGAAGAAGUGUUGCUUUGUACAAUAGCAAAAAAUCUGGUUUUUUUUUAAAGUCAGUUAUUUUUGCUUUCAUGGUCUACUAAAGGCGCUGCUGUUCUGCAGAAAUGCUUCCUCAGGUUUACUAAACCAGGGGUUUAAUAUAGAAAUUCAACCUAAGGAAUGGCUGAGGACAUAACAACCAAACUGCUUCUUCACCCACAGAUAAUUCCCCCAGUAAAGGAAAACCUCUCAGGCUUAGAAGGAGUUCAGCUCAAAGGCAGAACGGGCACCCAGAGGCCUGGGGGGGGGGUGUUAAUUCACAGCCAACAAAUCCCACAGUCCCAAUCACGCAGCACUAGAGCUGUGUUUGAUGGCAUGUUCUCAUAAUGGAAAAUACCAAUUUUAUUUGACCUCCCGUUCUUUUUUUCUGUAGCCUAAACAAAACAUGGGCAGAGCUCAAAGAAAGGCCAGGGCAGGUUCCUACCACUGCAGCAAUCAAUCAGCAACCUCUCUAGGAGGAGAUGUUUGGAGCUCUGCCAUGGCUGCCUUUUCACAUUAACCCACCUGGCUGGAGUCCUGGUUCUUUGUGUUGAGUGCAGUCAUAAAAGCUGAUUUUUUUGCAAGAUGAAAAAAAAAAGGAAAGAGUUCCCACCCAAUCCUCUCCCACUAAUGAAAAAUAGGAACCAUGCUUAGAGAUGUGUUUUUUUAAUUUAAUUAAAAAAUUGUUUAGAGAAAAAUGUUAAAAGUUCUGGGAAGGGCUUUAUUUCUGUCAGCAUGUGCAGUGGGGAACACCGAGAUUAUCUGUGUCUAUGUAAGCUGUCAGCUGUACAGAUGAUGGGGGAAAUGGUUACACUUGCUAAUAGUGCUGGAAGUAGAAAGUGAUUUUACCCUCAGUUGUGUAAGAUGAGCAAUAGAACUGUAAGGGUAAAACCAGUUAAAACUAGUUAAUAAAACCAGUUUAUUAACUCUCCAAAACACACAAAAUACUCUUCUGCUGAAGAUCCUGUGCAAAAGCAGUCCAAGGCACAACAUUAUGCUUUGGACACUGGGUUUAUAUAAUCUUUAGAGAAUGCUGAUUUUGUUAUGCUGGGAGAGAAAUACUCUCUUUUUUUAUCUUCUCCUCCCUCCCCAAGAGGAUUCGGAGUCAGUUUUGUGUCCAUAACAAAGUUUUGCUUUUUAAAGUUGUAAAUAGAGCCCCAGCGGGGUCCCAGAGAAGCCACUCCUAUAGGACUGGGCUUCCCCGCAUGCCGCUGCCCCAGCUGUCUGCUCCUGUCUGCUCCCGUCAGCGCCGCUCCCGGAGUGCUGCCCGCCCGAGUCAUCGCCAGGAAUAAACCUGCCAGCAACAACAACAGCCUCCCUCAACCUGAAUCAUCCCGGGCUCUGCUUUGGGAAGAUGACCCAGCUCAUGACUUCACGGUGGAUGCUCUAUAUAAGUCCGGGAAAACAACAGGCGCUCGCAGAGCUCACGGGCUGGAUUUAAUCAGAGCCGGGAAAGCACCUCGGAGGGAUUUGGGCUGAGGGAGCACCGCAGUUAUGUCACAGCCAGCCCCUGUGAAAAAGAAGCGUCCUCCAGUGAAGGAAGAAGACCUCAAAGGAGCCAGAGGAAACCUUACCAAAAACCAGGAAAUUAAAUCCAAAACCUACCAAGUGAUGAGGCAGUGUGAACAAGCGGGCUCCGCAGCACCUUCCGUGUUCAGCCGGGCUCGGACAGGGACUGAAACAGUCUUUGAGAAACCAAAGGAUGAGCCGGCCAAGAGCGUCUUUGGCUGACAGCAGACCUGGAUGGGUCUCACCCAGAUGAUUGUUGUAACCUUUUCCCAAACUUCUGUCCCUUACACUAGAGUCACUGUAGAUUCAAGCAGCUAUUUUCCACUGUAAGUCAUUAAGGGGGGAUUAUGCUCAAGUCGAAGGGUAAAACUUCCGUGUUCAUUUUUAUUACGUACUUUCUUUCUAUGUGUUGGACGGUGUUUGCUACAAUGGUUUAAUAAAAAAAGGGUGUUGGACACA